AUGUCUGCACCGGUUGACCCGGCUGUACCUAUGCCAGCUCUGGCAUCUACCAACCUGCCAGACGCAAUUGACCAUCGACACAACCAUGACCCGGAAAAGGGUACCGAGUGCGGAGCGGUUGAGCCGCUGUAUGCGCAACGCCCGAAAUGCUUCAGGUCCACGUUGCAGGAGUGUCUUUUCGUUUUGACGGCUACAAUGGCUAUCGGCCAACAAUCCUUUUUCCAAGGAUGUAUCGUCGGCGUAACUGCAUCCAUUGGAAAAGACCUGCACAUGAAUUCCGCCGAGAUUACCUGGAUUAAUGCCGGAGCUUCUCUAAGCAGCGGCGCCUUCCUCCUAACAUUCGGAAAACUAGCCGACAUGUUCGGCCGCAAGUCCCUCUUCAUCCUCGGCAUGGCAGGCUUCACUCUCUCACUACUAGUCGCCGGCUUCGCCACAAACGCAAUCUACAUGGACGUCUUCUCCGGAAUCCUGGGCCUAUUUGCCGCAGCUGUCGUUCCGCCCGCCGUCGGCGCCCUCGGCGCCGUCUACGAGAAGCCCUCCAAACGAAAGAAUCGCGCCUUCGCCUGCUUCAGCGCCGGGAAUCCGCUCGGCUUUGUUGGGGGUAUGAUUAUCUCCGGCGUCGCGAGCCAUGAGUAUAAUUGGCGUGCGUCAUUUUGGGCACUCGCCGUUGUUUAUGCGAUCUUUACCGCGUUAACGGUUUGGACCGUACCUGCUGAUGGGUUUGCGAGGACCCCGGUUAGUAUGGAGGCGGUUCGAAAAUUUGAUUUGGUUGGGACUGCGCUUGUUAUUGUGGGGUUUGCUUUUUUUCGAGUUCGCUUUCGUGAGUUCCCCAGCUCGUUUCCCGUUUCUACUUUAGGUGUGGGAUUGUUGCUGAUAUGUUCUACUAGGUUGGCUGGUGAUGCGCCUGAUGGCUGGCGAACGGGAUACGUCCUCGGCCUUUUCAUCGUCGGUUUCAUUCUUCUGGGUGUCUUUAUCUACUGGCAAUCAAUCGCCGAACACGCAUUGAUGCCUCUGUGGGUAUGGAAGGACCGAAACUUUUCAAUUCUUAUGGCGACCUUCUGUCUCGGUUUCAUGGGCUUCUCGGCCGUCACAUUCUUCCUCUCGCUCUAUCUGCAGGAAGUGAAGAAUCUCACAGCACUCGAUAUCACGGUCAGACUACUCCCCAUGGUUGUCAGCGGUGUCCUAGUGAACGUGGUCUGCGGGUUAGUCCUGCACCGCGUCAGCAACAAGCUCCUCACUGGCAUCGGCGCCUUGGCGUACACAGCCUCUUUCCUGAUCCUAAGCUUCAUGAAAGAAGACGCGAUCUACUGGGCCUACAUCUUCCCCGCACUUGUCCUCGUCGUCGUGGGCGCGGAUAUUCAGUUCAAUGUAACGAACAUGUACGUGAUGUCCUCCCUCCCGCCUUCCCAACAAUCCAUCGCCGGCGGCAUCUUCAACACCGUCAGCAAACUCUGCAACAACCUCGGUCUCGGCAUCGCGACGUCCGUCAAUAGUGCGGUCGCUCACCAAAUGACCGCUUCCACCCCGGCUAUCCGUCCUUAUCUGGCGACGUUCUGGUUCGCCGCUGCUGCAGCGGGUAUUUCGUUGUUUAUGGUUCCUUUCUUGACGAUUGGGACGCAGGGUGGUGUGCCGGAUACCGAGUCGGAGCGGGAGGUUGGAAAUUCAGGAACUGAAAAGAGCUCAUUUGUUGAGAAUGGACCCGAGACGAGGACUGUUACGCCGGUUCAGGAGGUGGUGAAAAGUUGA